AACCGUUAAAUCUUUUCUCGUUUCAGUUUUCAAGCAGAUCAAGACUAACAACAUGGACAAGGAGUGACAAUCCACUGACUUUUAAUAAACAAACUAGGAUAAUUACGACAAGUAUUAAUUAAUUAAUUAAAAAAAAAUAACAUUAUUCUGAGAAUUGAUGAAGCUGCUUGUUUGCGACUGUUAAAAAACUAACAAAAUAAUGGAAGAAUUAAUGUCAACUCCGAUUAAAAAUUCUCUAAAACGAGAGUCAUCAUCUCCACUGAGCCCAGUGAUUUAUAAAACACCUUUGAAGCAGUUUGAAGCACGGAAAAAUUAUAACAGCAAUGAUAGAUCAAGAGGAAUUUCUAUGCUGUCUAGUCAUUGCACACCACCCUCAGGUUUGACUAAAUUUAUUGCCAGGAACCCGUUUGAUGCUGAUCUUACUAAUCGACUUCAUAUGUCAGUAAUCAGUCCUACGAUAUUCAGCAAGGUGCCGACAAAAACACAUGAUUCUCCUUUUUCAUGGACGAUCGAUGAGUUGGCGAUGUUGAAACCUGUAGCGAUUGAAGAAUUUUCUCUCCAGCAGUCUCAUGCUUCCGACCCGGAAGUCGAGAAGCAAGCCCAGGAAGCUAUAAAUAAAUUUUUUACUGCUAAAGAAAUUCAUCCGAGCCCAUGGAACGAGCGGCGAGAGUCAGUUAAGCAGCUUAUGACUACUCCUGGUAGCUUGAUCGAGGAAAUGGAUAGUGAAAAAACUGAAAAAACUACUAGAGAUUGCUGGGCGCAAACAGAAUUGUCUCUUCCACCAAAGCUACCUCAACAUGUCGAAGAUGCUCUGAAACCAUACUUUACUUUUACACAAGACCAGCAGGUCGAUAAUGACGAAGCCAACAGCUCGAGUAACAGUUCCUUGAGGAGAAAAUUAUUUUUUAACCAUGACGAUUCGAUAGAAGAUGACUCUGAGUGUUCGCUCAUUUUGUCUCCGUCUAAAAUAAAUUCUAGUCCUCCUCGCAGUGGAAUGAUGGCUCAUGGAACGCUUAUUGGGGAAGGAUUAAGUAAUAUGCAGAGAACUUAUGAUACGUCAUUUAGACCAGAUAAAUUAAUUUCACCACCGGACAUGUCACCUAUAUGUAACCCAUCAAAUAAUUUAGCUAACAAUAGUCUUCGGUCGCGUAAAUCUGUAACGCGACUUGAUUUCUCAGCGCAUAUGAGUGUUGACAGCUCGUACUUGGAGGAAAAAGAAAAUAAUAAUCCUCAAUUGGCUGCUAAUCAAGAAACUCUAAAUGAUACAAUGGCUGAUUCAGUAAUUGAAAGUAAAGAGUACAAUCAAAACGAAACAGUUGAAAUGGUUUCUUUGAUCCAAGAGACUACGCCACAAAAACAAUCAACUAAAAUUGACAAUGUUAUCAAAUUUAAAGAUUCAGUGGAUUGGUGUAAGAAUGUUACUAAUGAAAGCUACAAAGGACGAAGAAAUUUCACAUCUGGUGGAUUUUCGGAUCAGAGCACCAGUGCUUUUACUUCUGCACAAGACACUGGUUAUCAGACUUAUAGUAUGAACAAUACUACUAAUACUAACACUACAAAUAACCGGAGUUUUACUCCUGUCAAGAAAGGAUUUAAUUGGGACGAUCGUCACACCGGAAUGUCAUCUGUCAGUGAAAUAAGACUGUCCGAUUGGCAGGGUAACUUUAAUUCUGUGAUCAGCUCGACGCCUUCGAAAUUCAUACGAAGCAGAGAAAACCAUAUUUAGAAAAUUUAUUAAUUUUAUAUUAAUCUGGCAUGAUUGAUCAAUUUCAUUUGAUAACAUUAAUUCAUAGAUAAAUAUUGACGUUAUCAAUUAGAAUAAGAACAAUAAAAUUUGCUUAAAUUUUAAAUAUAUAUUUUUAGUCAAUGUAAUGAAAAUUCAUCGCAUGUGCAAUUCCAAACCGAUUUUAAUAGUUCGUAACUAGUGUGAAAUGAAUUAUCGAUUUUAUUUGUAAUU